GAUAAUGUUCUGUAAAUAGUUUACGGGAUUAACUUUUGGCCCAUUUCGGUGUUUGUUCGAUCCGUUUCGGUGUUUCUCGGUCCAUUUCAUUCCGUUUCGGUCAUUUUCGGUCUUUCGACGGACCGUGUCAUUUGUAUUACCACGUUGUUAACCAUGUUUCAUCUUGGAAAGGAAAACAAUAACCUACAAGCCAACUUGUGACUUCUGCUAUUCAUUUAACAUUCCGGUAAAACACAACGAAAAACUAUACUGUUAAUACAUACGAUUUCACGCAUGCAUGCAUGCUUUUAUGCACUGUAUUGCAAGCAUUGGGAAAAGCCACGUAAUAGCGGAGAGUUUCAGGUCCGUCACGGCAGGCAGAACUUCCUAACCGAUCGGGCUGUGAUUAAAACAGAGUCAAAUGACAUAUGGAACGGGUACAAUACGUUUAGCAGGUGACCGUUUUUUAUUGUGUGACGGAUGACGGAUAACGGACUCAAAAAAUGGUGUAUAUGGAAAUCCAGCCGCAGAUUUCACGGACGUAUAUUAAAUAGUGGUUGAUUCCAUGAAUCUCUAUCUAGUAUGUAAUGUCUCGUCUUUAGGAGGCCAGCCACCCCCAAGGAGAUUCUUUACUGGACAAUAUAUCUUUCAUGCACCAUUACAAGAGGACUGCCACUCCCAGACUAGUUUACUAAAUCAAAACUAACACAGGACAGAGCUCAUUGGAAUAAUACAGGGUGAAAACACGUAUUUUAUAUACACUGUAUCAAGAGUUAAAAUACUAUACCAAAAAUAAUUGUAUCACUAUUAGGAUAAAUUUAUAUGAAGUGGGAUUGUGACAUAUAUGGAUCAGGCAGGACUAUAAUUAAAUAAAAAAUAUUUAAAAAAUCAACUAUUUUUGCGUAAUUAUAUUAUAUAAUAUUUGACCAAGCAAGACAGAAUCUUGCAAUUCCUCUCACUCGGGCAGUACAAGAAUCGUGACACUCGUUUCGUAAAAACAGUACGACAGACAAUCUCUCUACGGUCUCUGUGUAUGUCAUGUUAUUAUGGUGAGAUUGAAGAUGAAUUUCACUUUAUACUACGUUGUACUACUUUUACAUACGGUCUCUAUGUAUGUCAUGUUAUUAUGGUGAGAUUGAAGAUGAAUUUCACUUUAUACUACGUUGUACUACUUUUACAUACGGUCUCUAUGUAUGUCAUGUUAUUAUGGUGAGAUUGAAGAUGAAUUUCACUUUAUACUACGUUGUACUACUUUUACAUACGUCAUGUCAUGUAUGUCAUGACUUUCAUGCAAUACAUCUUUCAUGCACCACUACAAGACUUUCAUGCAAUACAUCUUUCAUGCACCACUACAAGAAUUUCAUGCAAUACAUCUUUCAUGCACCACUACAAGACUUUCAUGCAAUACAUCUUUCAAGCACCACUACAAGACUUUCAUGCAAUACAUCUUUCAUGCACCACUACACGACUUUCAUGCACCACUACAAGACUUUCAUGCAAUACAUCUUUCAAGCACCACUACAAGACUUUCAUGCAAUACAUCUUUCAUGCACCACUACAAGACUUCCAUGCAAUACAUCUUUCAUGCACCACUACACGACUUGCAUGCACCACUACAAGACUUUCAUGCAAUACAUCUUUCAAGCACCACUACAAGACUGUCAUGCAAUACGUCUUUCAUGCACCACUACAAGACUUUCAUGCAAUACAUCUUUCAUGCACCACUACAAGACUUUCAUGCAAUACAUCUUUCAAGCACCACUACAAGACUGUCAUGCAAUACAUCUUUCAUGCACCACUACAAGACUUCCAUGCAAUACAUCUUUCAUGCACCACUACACGACUUUCAUGCACCACUGCAAGACUUUCAUGCAAUACAUCUUUCAAGCACCACUACAAGACUUUCAUGCAAUACAUCUUUCAUGCACCACUACACGACUUUCAUGCACCACUACACGACUUUCAUGCAAUACAUCUUUCAAGCACCACUACAAGACUUUCAUGCAAUACAUCUUUCAUGCACCACUACACGACUUUCAUGCACCACUACACGACUUUCAUGCAAUACAUCUUUCAUGCACCACGGUAAGGUUACAGCACGCGCAGGGGAUUUAAGCAUUGUAAGACAUAAACAGGCUUUGUAAAUGCUGCUCAUUGUUGUUUGAAACCUCUCUUACAAACAAUUGACUAACAGCUAACAUGCACUGCAACCGCUGUGCACAUUGUUACGUAAACACUGGCGGUUCUACCACGAUCUAAAGACUUAAUUCGAUUAUUUGACAGCAGAAUUUAUUAUCAUAAGAGCAAACACUUCCAGCUGGCGAUGGAAACAUCUGCUUGAAUGAGCCGCCCAGCGUCUAGGUUUUGUUUCUAGAAAUAUAAAACUCACGCCAAUAUCGCCACCACUUACAGAGGACUUCGCCACUUUAGACUCCACCACAAGAAACGUUGUACACGUUACGAAACGACAGACGCCAUAACCGUUUGUAGUUUUUCACACACAGAAGGGUAAAAAAUCGCUAUCUCAAGAUGACUCGUCUCGUUGUUCUCGUAGCCAUGGCAAUCUCGGCUGUAUCCGUGGACGGCAAUCCCAUAUGUUCUGGGUGUCUAGUUGAAGGAAAGUGCCAUGCAUCUGGAUACGUGGAGAAAACACACCAGGGGACGAUGUGGAUGACGUGUGCGUGUAAAGGGACGAUUUGGUUAUGUUACGCAGUGUGGGAGCCACCCACACGCGUACAGCUGACUCCACCAUGUCCAGGAUGUAUGGUUAAUAAUGGAUGCGUUCCAAUUGGCUACAAGAAGCAGAAACCUAUCGAAGGAGGAACAGAGACGUGUUCUUGCGAAGGAAAUGAGUCAUGGUUGUGUACAGCUUAGCAAAAUAGCACCUUAGUACGACAAAAGUGAUUGAGAGACAAACCGGAAAUGACGUGCCUUGAAGGUUUAUUGAGUACUUUAAAAGUAAAACGUUGGUCUUGGCGAUAACGUAUGAAAUAACGAAUAAAACAGAAUAGUCACAA